AUGAUCAUGUGUAUAUAGCCCGUAUUUUUUUUCCUAAACUAAUAUCUUCAUUGAGUCAUGAGUUUACUCACGAUAACCUGAGCUGGAGCCAUCCAGAAAAAAAUUGAACAUUCCUACUUAAAAAGAUCAUGGAAGAGUCACUAAGAAAGUUUGCCGCGGAAAAUUUCAGUCAUAGAUACUUCCCCGCACUUCACGGCGAAAUCGAUAAGGUACAACCCCUGACAAUGGUGGUACAAAAGAAUCGGCCUCUAUGGAAGCGACCUUUCGUAAAAUUGGAAGUCAUAGUCCUUGCAGAACUGGCGAAAUAUGUUAAAAGUGAAGAAGAUACUAAAGUGUUUCGUGAUUACGCGAAAUGUAAGAUCAAAGAGGAAAUGCUUAUCUCAUCGCCGCACGAAACAAUUGCCAUGGGAUCCAGAGAACAAAGCCUUGGUGUGGGUGUUGGAGGAAUUUUGGAGGGAAACAUCAGAUUAAGUAAUGAUCAAGGAGUUCUAAAACUGGGAAAACUUAGCCAGAAAUAUAUCGAUGAUCCAGAUCUCCGUGGCCUUUUAGCAAAGACCGCAAUGGAUCCUACCUUGAUGAAGAGUUUCGCCGAAGGGGAUAAACUGCUUCUUAUCACUUCUGUGGUUUACAGUGAGAAGUUUGAAUUAACAGGGCAGAGAAAAGAAGAGACCGAGGCUGAAGUCAAUGUGGAUGGGGUGCCUGUGGCAAGUCCGUUUGUCAAUUUUUUUAAGACCACGGCAACCAAAAUGCAUGCCCGCUACAGCAGCUUAACUCAGCAUUCAGAGCUGGCAUCUAGGACCGCACAUGCACCACUCCUCUUCAAGUGUUGCACUGUUGAUUACAUAAAAGAAGAAAAUCGACUGGAAAUCAGGAAAGGGGAAUACGUUGGUAAAGUAGUUACGAGGGACACAGCAGCCGAGGGUCUUGUAAAGCGUGAUGACGAAGAUUAUGACAACACUAUGGUGGAAAUUUUCUCAGACGAGACCGAUGCACCAGCCCCUCUCACUCCGCAAGAUGUCAAGAAACUGGACUCGAUGCUUCAAAAUGUUCUUCUACCUGUGAAGAACAUAGACAAACGCAAGGAGCAGAUUGGAAAGUAUCUUCGUUGGGUAAGUUAG